AUGAUUCGUUCAGCUUGUGGUUCUAAUGAUCAUCCGGAUGCCAUUCUUUUUAUUCAAAUGUUUAGAUUACUAAGCACAUAUUUACUUGUAAAUCCUCCAAAGGGUGCCAAUGUUUCCAGUGGAGAUAUGAUAAAUACUCUUUUGAAUAUUAAAGACAUAACCAACACUAAUGAACGAGCCCAAAGAAUAAAUCAAGAACUAGAUCAAAUUUAA